GGGGGUCACUCUCAUUAGUUGCUAAGAUAAACCGCCAUCUUUGUUUUUAGUUUACAAGAUGGCUGCCUCUGAACUAUUAUUUUUGGAACGUUGAAAAUGGUGUUUAUGUUGUGAUUGGCAAUGAAAUAUUUCAUAAUCUGAAGAUAAUACGUUAGUACUAGUGGUAAAAAACCCCCAAAAACAGGAAUUGAAAAGAUGCCUGCAGUAACAAUGUCACGCUAUACUGGCACAACCAAACAAAACAUUAAUGGAAUAGAAGUAGUUGAUGGAGUUGUUUGGCAAGGCUGGGAACCAGGCCAAGAGUACACCAAAAAUAUUACAUUAAAAAAUGUCCAAGUCAAAACACAGAAACUCAAAUUCAAUGUACCAAAAAGCCGAUUUUUUUCAACUCUGUAUCCAAAACCGAUUGUUCUGAGUGCCGGUACAAGUUUCACCUUACCAGUGACCUUUCGUCCAUUAGAGAAAAGUGUUUACGAGGAUAAAAUUCAGUUCAGAACACAGGAAGGAGAAUUUGAAGUUCCAAUUAAAGCAGAGUUACCAAAAUUUAACAUUCAAGUUCCAGAAAAACUUGAUUUUAAAAUGUGUGCUGCCAAAGACUUUGUGGAAAUGGUUUUUGAAGUCUUUAAUUCUGGCGAUACUGAUACUACAAUCAAGUGGGAAGUUAUAUCACCAUUUACUAUUGAACCCAGUGAAGCUGAUCUAAAAUAUAAAUCAUCAUGUAAAUUUAAAGCUACUUUCAGACCAGAGGCUGCAACUGUAUAUAAAGGUGAAGCUAUUUGUAAAUAUGGUCCAAAUUCUAGCUUUGAUAAAACAACAAACAUUAAAGGAAUUGGUAAAUACCCACAUAUUUUGGUAUCAGCCUCAGGUAAACCUGUUAAUAAUUUGAAACAAGAGAAUUUAGAGUCAAUCAUUAAUUUUGGAACAGUAGCGGUUGGAUCAUCAGUACAGAAAUGGAUGGAACUUCAUAAUCUCUCACCAGUAAGGGUACCAUUUCAAGUAGAACAUCAACAACAUGCUAAUAGUAUUGAUAAAGUAUUUAAUUGUUUGAUGAAGAAUGGAAUUGUUCCACCAAUGACAGCUGUGAGAAUUCCUAUGAUGUAUACACCUAGUUUAGUUGAUACAUCAAAUAUAGAUUAUUUCACUGUAUCAGCUGUAGGAAAUAUUAGUCAAAGUUUAGUUAAAUGUGUUGGCAUGUCAAAAGGGCCAAUAGUACAGCUGAGUUUCCGUGCUGUGAAUUUUAUGCAAAUCGAUUUGGGUCAGACAGCUACUAAAAGUGUGGAAGUCAUCAAUAAUUCUGAUGUGGAGGCUGUUUAUCAGUUUAUGAUAGAAUCAGAAGAUAGUGUUUUUAAAUUUCAACAAGUUGCCGGUGUGUUAAAGCCAAAAACAAAAGAUACGAUUAUUUUGAAAUUUUGUCCACCUUAUCCUAUUAACUAUUAUCGUCGUAUUACAUGUCUGGUACAUAAUCAGGGCCCACUAUUUUUAGAUCUACUGGGUACGUGUCAUUCAGAGACAGUCAAACCAGCCGUUUUACUAUCAAAACAUAUUGAUAGAUAUAAAGUUCAUGCAGAACGAGGAUUCUCAUUUUAUGCUCCAGAGCAAUUGAAUGAAUUAAUUCAAGAGGGCAAACUUCUCCCUGAUAAAGAUGGAUAUUUACAAAAAACAGAUUCUGAAACAUUAGAAGUAAAGGAUAACUCAUCUUGUUCAUCUCAACCUAUGGAUUAUUAUUUUAAUGAUGGAUUUCAUUCAGAUGUUAUGACAACAGUACCACAUGUUAGUUGUGAUAUUAAUGUAGCAGAUUUUGGAAAUUGUCAAAGUUUACGUACUGUUGAAGAUAAGACUGUAAACAUUACAAAUCAUACAAGAGGAAAAGUUACUGUUCAAUGGAUAGAAAAUUCUGGUGUUCAAUUUUCUGUUCAUCCUACAACAUUAGAUAUCCCACCAUUAAAAACCUGUUCUUUUAGAGUUUCUUUUAAACCUGGAGCACCAAAUCAGUUUUAUGGUGAAGAGUUAGAAUGUUAUGUAUAUUAUAAAAGUUUACGUGAUUAUAGAUUAGUACAAGAUAUAACACAUUGUCCACCCUGGUGUUUAACACUUACUUGUACAGGUCACACUUUUAUGCCUCAUCAUGAAACAUUCUGGCCAAGAUAUACGUUAGAUAAUCCUAAAGUUGUUUUUAAUGCUGUAAAUACCCAGGAAUCAACCUAUAGAACUAUUCUAAUGACAAACACUGGUACCACUCCUAUAUUUCUUGAUAUGGAAUCCGAUCCUGACAAUAUAUUUGCUGUAAAACCAAGGAAAGGUUUAUUUAAAGGGAAAUAUCAGAUUUUAACAGUAAAAGCUACACCUACAGAAACUAAAAUCUACAAACAAGAUUUAACUCUACGAUUGAAUGAUAACGAAAAAUACAACCAGGUUAUAGAGUUAAAUGGUUCUGCGGAAUCAGCAGAGGUAUUAUUAGAUACUGAUGGUACCAUGUUCUUUAAACCUACUUGUGUUGGUACUUCCUCUAAAAAAAGUUAUGGUAUUAAAAAUGUAUCAAGAAUACCACUCAGGUUUGAGUGGAAAUUAAAUCAUGUUGAUGCCAAGUUAUUAAAGGUUCACCCUGAUUGUGGUAUAAUACAACCUAAUGAAUAUCAGAGUCAAGUCUGGUCUUUUAUUCCAACAACUGAGAAUAAGUUUGUAAUGAAACCAAAUUUGAUUGUUUGGGGUCAAGGGUUAACUGAUAAUUCAUCUGGAGGAAUGAAAAAACAAUUUAAAGUCCGAGCUAUUGGUGAAGGGGCUGUUGGAGAAUUAAAGGUGAAUGAGAAUCAUUAUGAUCUAGGUGAUAUAGUUGUUGGUAGUUCAGCAUCACAACAUUUAACUAUUUAUAAUAAUAGUAACUGUAGUUUACACUUCCGUCUAUUAGUUAAUCAAAAUUUUGAAACACCUCAUGCCAUGGAUGCUGUUAGAGGAGAUAAAAUAGGUUUAGAACUUGAAAAUGGAGAAGGUGUUAUACCAGCUCGAUCUAAACAUUGUGUACUAGCUACAGUUAGACCAAUCAGACGUGUAGAAUAUCAAUAUACUAUAUCAUAUCAGCUUCUUACACCACAAGGAGGAGAAACAGAAUCACAACAACCAAAACAUUUAUGUCAUAUCCUUGCAACAGGUGUAUUUCCUCUAAUGGCUGUAACUGAUGCUCGUUGCUAUGGUAGUGCUGUUGGUAUUAGUAAGAAACAGUUAUGGAAUCUGUUUUCUUUGGACACGAUGAAUGUAUGCCUAGAUUCUGAUCCAUCAGCACCAGAGUUAAUGUAUACUAUGGCUACAAGACACAGUCACAAUAGACGUCCACCAGUAUAUACUCGUGCUAUCAUGGAUUUUAAUUUUGGAGCUGCACCUUUAAAAAGUGAACCAUGUAUUGUUAAUCUGAUGUUUGAAAAUACUGGAACAGUUCCAUCAGAAUGGGCAUUUUUAUUUCCAUCUGAUUUACGAUUAGAGUUAGAAUAUUGGGCUGAAACAGGUGAAUAUGAUGAAGAUGAACUCCAUGAGAUGAAAGUUAUGGAUAAUAAACUGUUUACUAUAGAACCUAAAAGAGGUCAUCUGCAACCAGGAGAAUGUCAGACUGUGACCUUCACCUAUCAACAUACAAUGGCUGGCACAGAUAGACUUCCUGUUCUACUCAAAUUAGCUCAAGGGCGUGAAUUAUUGUUAAAUUUUAUUGGUGUAACUGUAGAACCAGAUAGAAAGUAUAUACAUUUCCCUUCUAAUAAACAUAUGUUUACACCCGUUCCUGUUGGUGAAAAAGUUAGUCCUAUACAGAUUUAUGAGUUAUAUAACGGUGGAGCUGUUUCAGUAAACUAUGAGUUUGAUUUAACAAGUCUUGCUCUUCUACAACAGGAAAACUUUGAUCAACCAAUAUUUGAAUGUUUAAAUCCAUUAGGUGAAAUUUUACCAGGAAGAUAUGUGUCUAUAGAAUGGAGAUUCUCACCUCUUGAAGCUAAAACUUACAUGGUUGAUGUACCUAUAAGAGUAUGUGGUGGUGAAACAGCUAUAGUAACAUUUACUGGUGUAGGCUAUGAUAAAAGAGUUAUGGGUGAUACAAUGCCAAUAACAGAGCAACAAGAUUUAACAGGUGUACCUAGUAUACAGAGUGUACCUGUACCAGGACAGCUGGCCUACUUGUCACAAGAACGGAUCACCUUUGGUAAUGCUCCGUUAUUCAGUCGAUCUAGAAGAAUUGUAUUUGUGAUGAACAAGUCUAAAGAGAAGAGUAUAUUUUUUGAAUGGCAUGUAACAAGUCCAUCAGAUAGUCAGUUUUUGUCCAUCUUCCCUUUAAAAGGUUAUUUAGAAGCUGGUGAAAGUCAAAUGUGUCGUGUUUCUUUCUUAGCUUCAAACACUCCAUCAUUUUAUGAUCUUGAUCUCAUAUGUCAGAUAACAGAUGAACAUGAAAUGAAGAAAUAUAGGAAGAAAUUAGCUGACUGGGAAAAAGAGCUAGAAAGACAGAAAAAUGAAUUUACCAUAACAGAGAAUGAUUUAGAUGCUGAUAAACGACUUCUAGAUUCUCCUCAUACAAAAAAUGUUGUAAGUGAUCGAGCUACACCUGAUGGAGAAAUCAGUAAAUACAAGACUUUGCCUCCAAUUCAAAAGAAAACAUCUGAUGUGAUGUACAGAUCAGAGAGAAGACAGAGAAAAAAGGAGAAAGAAUUAUGGGCAAAACCAGUCUGUCCACCUCCAUUCUUACUCCAUUUAGGUGUGACAUCUAGAACACAUGGUAUCCUAGAUUUCCAGAACAAUUUCCCACAUGAUUAUAAAAAGUUCCAUAUUGAUCGAGUUAUCAGUAAGAAAUGUAAACAAGAGAAGAAGAAUGAUGAUGUAAUAGAGAAGAUAGAAUGUAGUCAAGGUGAAGCAGGUGUUAUACAAGGUGUUAUGUGUAAUGUUCUCAGAGGAUUACUGGAUGAUGCCUACUUUGUUGAAGCAAUUAAAAAAGUAAUCAAAGAACCAAUUCCAUAUUUCCGUCAAUUUGGUGACCGACCCAGUACAGCUCGAACACAAGCAUCUGAUCAACACAAAACUGAUAUCAUUGUGGAAGAUAUUACGUCAAGUACUCCGGAUGAAGGGGAGAGAACUCUAUCACAAACCAGUCAACACAGUCAGGAUGUAGAAUCAGCAUCUGCUGCUAGUAGUAUACAUUCACCAGAACCAGUGAAGACACCAGAGAGUGAGACUGGUUUAACAAAGGCUACAGACAGUACAGAUCUACAAAAUAAACAAAAACAAACAUUGAAAAAAUUACCACAAGUGGGAAAUAUGUUAGAAUCUGUUCUAGAGAACUCACUGUUUAAUAUCAUGUCUGAAGCUCUAGCACAGGAAUUUAAUAUUACAGCACGUCCAAGAUACAUCGCACUACCAAAACGUCCCAACUCGUCCAAUAAUCGCUCAAACAAAAUAUAAAAUCAUCAUUAUUGUCUUUCUUUCAUCUUAUUACUGAUAACAGUCUAUUCAUUGAAAAAUAUCUUUUGCUAAACUCUAAAAAUAUUUUCCUUUAAUGGUAAAUGCUGCAAACUCUAGACUGAUAUACAACUGUAUAAAUUUUGAAAAACUGUGAUAUAAAAUGUAUAUUUGUAUAAAAUAAUUAUAUUGUAUUAUAAGAUAUUAUAUAGAUAUAAGUUUAUUUAUUUUCCAUUAUCAAUUGUGUGAUAUCAAUAUAUAUAUAUAUUACUUUUACAUUAAUAGGGUUUUCUGUAACCUGUUCUCUUGAGCCAAAUUAUUUUUAUUGAUUGCAUUCUUUUUGUCAGCCAAACUGAUUUUCACAUGAACAAGGCAAUAUGACAUGUCCGACUACAGUACUUGACAUUGCUAGAUGCAUGUUGCUUUGUUUUAACUUGGACAUUUUUUGUCAAAUACUAUUAAAGUUAUUUUGAAAAGUUUCAUAUAUAAAAAAAGAAAGUGAACUGUGGUAUAAAAGCAGUUAUUUUGUAUAAAAUAAAACAGUAUUAAGUAUAAAUACUUUAGCCAGGCCUGCUAGAUUACAGAGCCGUUAUGUCAAUUAAUUUACAGCAUUAUUUGAUGGAAAAAGUUGAAAUGUUGGCUGGUUUUCCACUUCUUCUGAAAAUGUCAGCAUUUAUAUUUUAUAUACCAGUAGUUGAAAAAAGGAAUAAUCCACUUGAUGCUAUUAAGUUUUAUUUAUUGUGGUUUAUUUCAUUGUUUUAUGUGAUAUUAACAUUCCUUUUGUCUUCAAAUAUUUUAUUUAUAUACAUCUCAAGUAUAUGAAUAUAAACGGGUCCAGAUACUUUGUUUUAUCAGAAGACAUAUUGGAUUAAAUACAUUAUAAUUUGUUAAUUAAUGAAACUGUCCGUCCUAUUUAAAAUAAACUGGUUCUAUUUAUUCUAUAAAACCUGUUCAUCCUGUUUUAUAUAUUUAUAUGUGUUAUUAUUUAUCAUAUAUAGUAAAAUGUAACUAUUUA